CCUCGGGCUUCAGUUGGUCGCGAGACUGCGAAGCUGUCGGUUUGCCUGCUCAGCGGUGAAGGUGCAUUCCCAAACAUAUAUCCGUUAUACCCGUCUCGAAUCCGUUAGACUUUGAACGAUUACCGUUACCCCGUAGCGUUUGAACUGAACCGAACUAAACCGAAGUGAGGCCGGACCGAGUUCGCGUCGUGUUUGUUUAUUUACUUUUAUUUUUGUUAGCAUUUUUUUUUGAGUGACCACCCCCAAAAUAUAUGAAUCCGUCGGCGACCUGACCCGAAAAGUCAGCACUUCCAACCAACAGUUGCAACCGUAAAUGUGGUGAGGAUGUCGCCAGCUGAGCAACUUCGCUUGGUCGGAGUAUCGGAUGCCUACCAGUUGGCGGCGAGCAGCGGAGGAGGAGGAGGCGGCGGCGGCGGCGGCGGAGGAGGAGUAGGAGCGGGAGCGUAUGGAGGCGAUGGAACCGGAGGAGAUGCAGGCGGUGGUGGCGAGAAAAUGAAGGAUGUGCCCGACAAAUAUGUGACGGCGCUCUCCCACUUCCUCGACUGGCAUUCCAAUGGGACGGUGGACAUGGAGCGUCUCAGUGGUCCCAUUCUAAAGUCCAGCAUCAAAUCGGUUUACUGGCUGUUCCUCAUCCAGUACGCCGCCCUCGCCCUUCUGGGCGUGGUGCUCAACGUGAUCAUCGUGGUGUACAUCAUGUACCACCGGCUCUACAAGGAUGUGACCCAUGCGUUCAUCAUCAACCUGGCCCUCUGCCACUUUGUCCAGUGCGCCCUCGUACUGCCCGUCUCGCUGAUGGUCAUGCUGAUCCAGAACUGGAUAUUUGGCCAGUUUUUGUGCUUCUUUCUGCCCAUGCUGCAGGACAUACCGCUGCACGUGGCCAUGAUCUCCCACAUCCUGAUCGCCUGGGACCGGAUGCGCUGGCUGAACGAUCCGCUGAAGGGCCGCUUGCCGGGAUUCGUCUGCUGCUGCGCCACCUGGCUAACCGGAAUGGUGAUUGCCCUGCCCUAUCCCAUCUACACCAUCUACGUGGAGCUGGGGGACUACAUGCCGCAGCUGUCGGGGAUCGGAUUGUGCGUGGUCAACCUGAUGGACGACAUGCAGGAGUACACGCGCGGUCUGUUCCUGCUCAUGUACUGCGGUCCGGCCAUUCUGCUGUCCUACCUGUACAUCCGCACCUCCCAGGAGCUGCGUCCACCCGACGGACCCUUCGCCGUGAUGAUGUACGAGCACCGCGCGGAUCUGCGGAUGCGCCAGCGGAACUCCUCCACAUCCUCGGUGGAGCCGCGCCAUCUGAGCGGCGGGGGCGUGGCAGGACUGAGCAACGGAGGCGGCAGCUCCGCCCGCUCCUACGAUUUGUACAGCGCCGAACUGGACGUGCAUCGCGAGAAGCGGAAGCAGCGCAACUUCGGGAGCAUGGCCGCCACCCAGGUGGUGUGCAUGUGCCCACUGAUGAUCCUGCGCUUCGCCAGGCUCUCGCUGGAGGAGACCUACGAGAAUGCCAAGCACUUUGACUUCACCUACCUGAUGUUCGUGUGGGUGGCCUUUCUGCCCACGGUCAUCUUUCCGUGCAUCUACGCCUCGCAGAUAUUGCCCAGAGAUGAACAGGAGCGCCUGAGGGGCUAUUUCCGGCUAUCCUCGAAGCGCAAGCAGAAAUCCCAGCGUCGCAGCGAUGCUGGCGGAGAAUCCGGCGUGGGGGGCAGUUCCCGCGAGGAUUCCAUCGAGAAGGACGAGGCCUCCAACACGACCAGUGUUCACCACGCCGCUGAGCCGCACAAGCAUUCGUCGAAGCUGCGACACGAGCGCGAGGGGCGUCUGCCAGGACACGGAUCGUCGGCGGGCGGAGAUCGCUACUCAGGAGCACCAUAUCGCCAGGGCAAGGACAGGGAAAGGGACAGGGAGCGGGAGCGGGGUAGGGAUAGGGAUCGGGAUCGGGACAGAGAGAGGGAGAGGGCGGGCGGUCGCGGGGCGGGCGAUGCCGGUGUGGUCAACAAUCUGGGCCGGGAUGUGCGCGGCAAGAAGCACGACGUCAAGAUCAACAUCAUCUCGGAUGGCGUGGGUCAUGGCGCCACUAGUCACACCCAUGCCGCCCAUGUCGCCCACCGCAAGCAGACGAACAGCAGCAACAACAACAACAACAACAGCAGCAGCAGCAGUCGCAGUCGCACCAAUCCCGGCCAGCGGCACGGCAGCACCAAGCCGACCGCCGACUGUCUGUCCAACGUGACAGCCUCGACAUUCUGCAAUGGCAGCGGCAGCGUGACAGCCGGCGCGACCGGAAACGGAAACGGCCUGGGCAGCGUAGUAAUCCCGGACGACAGCAGCACGAGCAACUAUGGCGACGGCGAGGAGAGCUCCGUGGUCAGCAGCAUGAUGGUGCCGCCGCAACGGUGGCCAGGAUCGGGCGGCGGCAUGCUGCGCCACAAGGACGUGUCGUUCAGCGAGUGCAGCAGCACGUUCUCGUCGAGCACUCUGGAGCGCGACCUGGAGAUAAUGGACCAGCUGGAGCGGGAGCGCAGCAUGGACAUCCAGGAGAUGCUGCAGCGGGAACGGGAGCGGGAAAAGGUGCGCCGCCAGCUGCCGGACAUCGAGAAGCUCUACGCGCAGCGUUCGCCGAAGGGGAAGCGUGGCGAGGCAGCUGGAGCCGGAGCCGGAACCGGAGCGGGAGCGGGAGCGGGAUUAGCGCUGGUCAUGCCCGGCAGCGAUCCGCUGAGCAGUCUCUCGCAAUCCCAGUCACUGUCCACGGAGUACAGCGUGUGCUCCACCCUGGAGACCAGCGGCGCCGGCGGCGUGUUGUCCGUUGGCCACGACGAGGUGCUGCCGCACCACCUGGAGGAGGUGGAGGAGGAGGUGGUGCCGCCGGACUUCUAUGACAGCUAUACGCCCGGCGGCUCCCAGAACCUGCCGCCCAGUGCGGGUGGCGCUGUGCCGGUGGCCACCGCUGCAGUUCCCGCCUAUCAGUACCAGUACAGUCGCAAUCGGCUGAGCCGCAAGAGUUCCGGCUCCAGUUCGGGCCACCAUCAUCACGGUCAUCAUCAUGGCCAGCAUGGCGGCGGGGGCGUUGGAGGCGUGGCCGGAGGACGCGGCUCCAAGCGGGACAGCUUCAAUUCGCUAAACGGCACCGAUCUGAUUGCCGGCGCCUUCUGCGAGCUGGAUCCCACGCAACCGCUGAACAAGAUGGCCGUGAUCGACGGCCGGAUGCGACGCAGCAGUCCGCGCAAUGCCAGCUUCAGUUCCGGAUCCGGCGUCUCCGGACGCAGCUCGAUGAAGUCCUCGUCGCGGGACUACGACUACGGGCACGGCUCCUCCUCGCACUCGGCGCAUCCGGAGCUCGAUUUCAGGGAGAACAUCUUUGCGGAGCUCUAAGCUGGCUCCGCACUGUGGCUGAUUUUUGGGGAGCAGAGGCGGUGGGGAAACGAAAAGCUUUACGGUUACGGUUACGGAUUUCCCAGCAAAGUAGCUGUGCAGCUGGAGGAAUUCUGUGGGGGAAUUUGCAGAAGCUGUUGUUAUUUUUUUUUUUGUGUAGUUUAUGUGGGUGGGUGAACUCACAGAUUUGUUUUUUAGCCAAGGAAGUUGCUCAUGGUAGGGAGACUACGGAGUACUUGUGGGGAACUGCAGGCGCACGGAGAUACAGAUACAUUUACACCUAAAUGCAUAGGAUAAACGAAAUAUAUUGGAAUACUUCGCCCAACAGGUUGUUGACUAAUGUUUGUUGAGUUUUGCGGUCGACGGGAUCAGGAUCACAGAUCACUGGUCCCAGUUCAGAGGUCAGAGAGUCUAGGGAGAAGGAAGAGGGAGGAAAGGGGGGAAAAAGGGAAAACUGUGCCAAGAAAGGGAAAUGGGAAGCACUCCCACAAAACGUACAUAUAUACAA